AGACGAAGAAGACUCGACAGGACGACGAAGAAGAAGAAGAGGAGGUGGUGGAGGAGGAAGAAGGUUUUUAUUUGCAUAUGUUUGAUGAUCUAGACGAGUUUGGAGGGACGUGUCAGUAAAUGCAGGCAGUAGUUGCAACAUGGCUUACCAGACGUUCCAACAAGAAUAUCUACAGAUUCCACUUGUGACGAGAGCUUAUACUACCGCAUGUGUCCUCACUACUGCUGCCGUGCAACUAGAGAUCAUCACACCUUUUCAACUUUACUUCAAUCCAGAUUUGAUCCUAAGGAAUUACCAGGUAUGGCGGCUAAUAACAAACUUCUUAUUUUUUGGUCCAGUGGGCUUCAAUUUCCUCUUCAAUAUGAUUUUUUUAUACAGAUACUGUCGUAUGUUGGAGGAGGGUUCCUUCAGAGGGCGGACAGGUGACUUUGUCUUCAUGUUUAUCUUUGGUGGAUUUCUGAUGACUAUAUUUGGAGUAUUUGUGAGUCUGGUGUUCCUGGGUCAGGCGUUCACCAUCAUGUUGGUCUACGUGUGGAGUCGACGAAAUCCAAAUGUCCGUAUGAAUUUCUUCGGCCUUUUGAAUUUCCAGGCACCCUUUCUGCCCUGGGUGCUGAUGGGAUUUUCACUUCUGCUGGGCAAUUCCAUCAUCGUUGAUCUUCUAGGUAUCGCCGUUGGUCACGUGUACUUCUUCUUGGAAGACGUCUUCCCCAACCAGCCAGGUGGUGGGAGGUGGCUGAAGACCCCAUCCAUCUUAAAGAUGCUGUUUGACACUCCUGACCACGAUGCCAAUUACAACCCGUUGCCAGAGGAUCGUCCAGGAGGGUUUGCUUGGGGGGACGGACAGCAACUUGGAGGUUAAAUCUGUGGUUGGAAUAAUUUGCUGAGCUCUUCCAAAGAUGUUCCACCAGAGAGAUGAAGUGAUGAUUUUUAUUCCUGAGCGGACGAGUCAAAACAAGUAGACCUCACCUGGAGAAUACAUUUAUAUUAUAUUUUGGUUUUGCUUUGUUGUGGUGGACUGAAAUUAUUGACAAACUAUCUGCAGUCAUCCUUUCCAAGCCUCAAAACGUUUACUUUUGCUCUGAUGAACUGUCUGGAGAAUCAUAUGACCUUCUUUUAAAACGUGUCAACGAUGAAUAAUAUUUUGACUGUAAGAUGGAUUAAAAACCUUCACAGUU